GCUAGGGACCGGGAUUGAGACCUGGUGUCUGAUUGAGGCUGUAGUGAUGCAGCCACAGAGGCCUUGUCUGUGGAGGUGGAGGGUCCUGCUCUGGUCCACACUACUCCUCCUUUGUCCCCUCAGAGCCACAGGUAAGACCCAUCACCACAACUUUACUAUUAUCUUACCCUGACUGUCUCAUAGAAAAAUUAAAAAAAAACCAAGUAGGGAGGGAGGAUAGUUUUCAGUUUAAUGGUGUGUUUGUGAACAAGUAGAACUGUUGAACUAGACCCUGUUUGACUGUCAGUGGCAAGUGUUCCACAUCGUAAUUAAAGAUGCAUUCCAGAGGUUUUGCAUAUACUUUUUAGCCAGUAGUUCUGAAAGUGGCACCCACGAGCCAACACGGGUCCCUGAAAAUUGCGCACAAUUGUGUACAACAUCAUUGAUUUCGUAUGAUAUGUUACGUCCUGCAAAAAAUGUAUAAUAUGUUACAAAUUCCAAUUCAUACAAUAUGUUGCGAAUAUGUAAGUGCUUAAGAUCCCAUUAUGUCUCUUUAAUUUAGGCUGAGUUUCCAAUGAAGCUGUGUGUAAAAGCUAGCUGUUUUGGUUCAUUCAGGGCAUCCCUUUACCGUUGUCGAAGAUGGCUUGCCUUGGGAGACCGGGAGUGGUGACCCUGAUGUAGAACAAACUGUGAGACGAGAAAAUUGUAAGCAAUUGUAGUGUACCGGUAUAUGUUUAUGGCAAAUGCACACAUCACCACAUUUCCCUAAGCUUCUCCCUUCCCUGCUGAAAAGAAAACUGCAUAGACCAGCAAAUGCUUAUGACUAGUGUUGGAACGGAGAAAGAAGGGGAAGAAAGGGGGAGGAACAUUUUUGAAAAACAGAAAACAGAAAUAAAAUAUGUGUUUAUUAUUCAUUAUUUAUUAAUAAGCUGAAAAACAACGAACAUACAUUGUUUUCCUGCGUUUGAGGAAGAGGAAGAGUGGACCCGAAGUUCCCAAGUUUGAAUCCCACCUCGGCCAGAAAUAACAUUUCUAACAACCAUUAUAGUCUCCAAAAGUGUUAUUAUUUUUCACAUUAGUGAAUUUAAAAUCACCUGAGUUAAUGGAACGAUUAUGGUAUCAUAAUCAUAACAUAUAGAAGUGUUGAACUAAUGAGGUUGGUUUAUUACUGUACUAUACUCCCUUUACCUUGUUAAUGCAAUUAGUAUCUUAAAUUAUCAGUUAUCUGUUGUGGUGUCUUGUGGACUGCAUAUUACCUGAUAUAAUUAUAAAUACAUCACAUCCCACUGGGCACAAACGUCAAUUCAACGUCUAUUUCACGUUGGUUCAAAUUCAUUUAAUUGAAAUGACGUGAAAACAACGUUGGUUCAACCAGUGUGUGCCCAGUGGGAUAUGACAAUUUACUCUGAGAGCAACAUAUUUUAGUCAUUAAAAGUGAAGAAUGAUUUACCUACAAUCGAAAGUCAUUCAAAGAAUUGGUUGAAAUGUAGAAACGUUUAUUACUGACAAAUGUGAAACAUUACAAGCACACACACACAAACACACAAACACACACACACACACACACACACACACACACACACACACACACACACACACACACACACACACACACACACACACACACACACACACAUACACACACAGGCCCUAUGGGCCCAAGGUAAUGAGUAGGGUAUGGCAACUGACUGAUUCUGAGUGAAUAACACAACAUGAUCCAAACAUGUGACAACAUCCAUGCAAACAGAGGAAAAAACUCCUUCUGAACGUUCUAGGGCGCGAUUCAAUCAGGUUAGCGUUGGUCGACACCCGCAUUACGGUUGUUUUGGCGUUGUCGGAGGUGGAACUGUGUUAGAGCUUUCAAAUCUACAAGCGGCUCCUUGUGUUACCUUAUCGCCUACACUGCCAUUGGAUGCAACGAAACCACCUGACUUUAUAUCCAACUAAUCCCAUGCAGCCACGUUAGAAGUUCCUGCAGCCGCGUUACAAGUUCAAACACUUGAAUGCAUGAUGUUCUAUUGUAGGCUACAGGCCCUACAUCCGAUAAGACUGAUUGGCUUUAAAUCCUCGCAUCCAAAUUAACAUGAAAAUUAUGCAAUAGCCUACACUUUCUGUCGCCGUCAAUUCAACGUCUAUUCCACGUUGGUUCAACAUAAUUUCAUUGAAUUGACGUGGAAACAACGUUGAUUCCACCAAUGUGUUCCCUAGUGGGAAGGAAGGGGGUGGUUUGUGACACACAAGAACAACCGAGGGUUAACGCUCGAUUUGAUUGAAUCGAAACCCUAAUUUUAGAAAGAAGAUAAAAAGGGCUGGAGUACAGCAGAGUCUACAGGAUAUGGCAGGGAUUGGCAAUGGGUGCCCCCCUUUUAAAGGCCCUCGUAUCAAGUGCAAUUUCGAAAUUUGGUUGUGCAUCAGCAGUUUUUCUUGUUAUGUCAGUCACUGAUAGUCAAUCAAUUAGCCCAUGUCAGCUACUGUAUAUUCAAAUUUUGCCCAAAAUGUUCCAAAAGGCCCAUCCAGCAAAGGAAAGGCGCCAUGUGUGAACAAUUCUAUGACAAACAGUGACAUACACUCUGAAUGACCUAAAAUGAUAAAUCCCAUUUUGUUUUUUCACAGUCAGGCCAACCCAAGCUGUACAGUUCAAGUAGGCUAAUGGUAGGCCUAUUGAAAUAGAUAAAUGAGGCUGUCAAUCACAGGUUUCAGAUUUUUCAACCAAAAAUGAAUCAUGUUUUCGCUCUCAGUCAUACUUUAUUUAUUUAUUUAAAAAAUAAAUAAUUCGAUGUUCACAACAAUGCUUAAACCACAUCAGGAGACCACUUUUGAGGUCUGGGAUUUUUUAAAGAAAUUUAGAUUUUUGAGUGUAGUUACCCUUAAAUUCAACUGAGCAGGCACCUAGCACUGUUGUUUGGUUAGCAGUGUUUCUGAAGCCCACAUGAGAUGGCAUUUGCAAAACAAAUGGCCACUGGAUUAAUGCAAAUAAUCAUGAUAUCAUUCUGCCAGGUAGGCAUAGGCUACUUUGUAGGUCGUUAUCAUUUAAUUAAGGUUUUUGGGAAAGCCUUUCAAUCCACCAGAAGACGGUUAGGCCUAUCUUUAGCAUCAUGAUAUUUUUCCUGUUCCUUAAUUGUUUGAAUAUCCCUUUGAGCAUGGUGAAGUUAUUAAUUACACUUGGAUGGUAUAUCAAUACACCCAGUCACUACAAAGAUACAGGCAUCCUUCCUAACUCAGUUGCCGGAUAGGAUGGAAACCGCUCAGGGAUUUCACACUGAGGCCAACGGUGACUUUGAAACAGUUACAGAGUUAAUGGCUGUGCAAAACUUAGGAUGCAUCAACAAUAUUGUAGUUACUCCAAAAUACUAACCUAAUCGACAGAAUGAAAAUAAAGAAGCCUGUACAAAAUAACAAAUAUUGCAUCCUGUUUGCAAUAAAUAAAUAAAAUAUUGCAUCCUGUUUGCAAUAAGGCAAUAAAGUAAAACUGCAAAAAAUAUGGCAAAGAAAUUAAAUUUACAAAGCGUCAUGUUUGGGGCAAAUCCAACACAACACAUCACUGAGUACCACUUCAUAUUUCAGAUGGUGGUGGCUGCAUCAUAUUAUGGGUAUGCUUGUCUAGGCAAGGACUAGGGAGUGUUUUUUAGAUAAAAUAAAUGGAAAGAGCUAAGCCAGGAAACCAAAAUCCCAGAGGAAAACCAGGUUCAGUUGUUUCCAACAGACACUGGGAGACAAAUUCACUUUCAGCAGGAAAUAACCUAAUCACAAGACCAAUUACACUGGUAGUGUUACCAAGGACACUGAUGUUCUGUGGCCUAGUAACAGUUUUGACAAUCUAUGGCAAGAGUUGAAAAUGGCUGUCUCUCAAUGAUCAACAACCAACUUGACAGAGCUUGAAGAAGUUUUUAAAGAAUGACGUGCAAAUAUUAUAUAAUCCAGUGUGCAAAGCUCUUAGAUACAACAAAAAGCUCACAGCUGUAAUCGCUGCCUAAGGUGAUUCUAACAUGUCUUGACUCAGGGGGUUGAAUACUUACAGUAUCUAAUCAAGACAUAUUUGUAUUUUCAUUUUCAUAUUUUUUUAAACAAAUGUUAGAAAGUUUCUUCCACUUUGACAUUACAGAGUAUUUUGUGUAGAUUGUUGACAAAAAAUGACAAUUAAAUCCCAUUUAAUCCCACUUUGUAACACAGCAAAAUAUGGAAAAAGUCAAGGGGUGUGAAUACUUUCUGAAGUCCCUGUAUUUUUGAAAGACUUCCUUAUAUGUGCUCUCCUGUUCUAUUGGUUUUCCAAUCAACUUUAUUUCAUUGUCUAGCAGCCAAAGGCAUUAUUCUAAUCAUAUUAGCAACCAAUGAUAGUUGUUGCAUCUUUAGAUCUCCCCUCUUUCUACAUUUCUACAGAUAUUUCCAUCUCUGUCCGCUUGCAUGUGCUGUGCGCGUUUUAGAAUGGUGUUUUACAGCAAAUUGCAAUUUGGAACAUUUGCACAUAGGCCUAACACUGUGUGCAUAUUGCUGUGUUUAAAAUGUGAAGAAAUAAUAGUUUAUCAACAUUUUAAGCUAAACAUUCUGAUCUGUUCCAUCAGCCUUAUUAAUUGACAUGCCAUAUAAUAAUAUGCCAUUUAGCAGACGCUUUUAUCCAAAGCGACUUACAGUCAUGCGUGCAUACAUUUUUGUGUAUGGGUGGUCCCGGGGAUCGAACCCACUACCUUGGCGUUACAAGCGCCGUGCUCUACCUCCACUCCACUCCACUACUUUGAUACGCAUUGUGUGGAUUAAGAAGUGAAUAUGCGCAAUGCCCACAAAAUAAUUGGGUAUACGGUGUAUACCUGCGUAUACCCUCCACUACACAUCUGCUGGUCAGACCAGCUUGACCAGCUAGACCAGCAUGGACCAGCUUGAAAUUUAUGCUGGUCUAUGCUGUUUUUUCAUCAGGGUUAGCACACCUUCUUGUAGGCUGUGUUGUUAUUGCUUUGCCAGAAUGAAUGUAAUUUAUUAAAUCUAUGUGGUGAAAUAACCUUUAAAUAUCUACCUACAAGGUGUUUGUUGUCAGCAGAAAUUGUGCUUCCUGCGUGGCUUAUACCUCAAAGGCUCAACACUUUGUCUGAUUGGCUACUGUGCUAAUCAUGGGCUUGUCUGAUUGGCAGGGAACCAAUGUCUAGAGGGCCAGGAUGUGUUUUCCACGAUCAGAGAGAACAGCAUGAUGGGAGAACUUAUCAUUGAGCUCAACACAGAGCUGACAGCCAAUGAUGUUGUCUGGAGCCUAACUGGGGAGGAUGCUGAUUGGUUCUUCCUGGAAGGGCGGAGCAUUAGACUCAAUGCCUCAUUGGACAGAGUUCUGGACCGGGAGGUAAUCUUAAAUACUUUAUUGCAACUUCGUCACAAUGAUGACAGGAUUCUGUCUUGGUUUGGUACAUGACUCAAACAACAACACACAGCAGGGUCAUGUGCAGAUUCAGGUUGAAAUGUAUUGUCAUGAAUCUUGCCCUGAAGGAAGAACUGAGCGAUUUCUGCUAGAUGGGCCAGCUUCAAAGUAAAAAUUGGCUAUAUCCUUAUUCAUGAAAACAAAAAGCUUUUUGGUCUUAAUUUAAGGUUAGGGUUAAGCAUUAGGAUUAGCAGUGUGGUUAAGGUUAGGGUUAAGAUUAACAGGGCCAGAUUAAGAACUCAUACAGUGGGGAGAACAAGUAUUUGAUACACUGCUAAUUUUUAUCAUAGGUACACUUCAACUGUGAGAGACGGAAUCUAAAACAAAAAUCCAGAAAAUCACAUUGUAUGAUUUUUAAGUAAUUAAUUUGCAUUUUAUUGCAUGACAUAAGUAUUUGAUCACCUACCAACCAGUAAGAAUUCCGGCUCUCACAGACCUGUUAGUUUUUCUUUAAGAAGCCCUCCUGUUCUCCACUCAUUACCUGUAUUAACUGCACCUGUUUGAACUCGUUACCUGUAUAAAAGACACCUGUCCACACACUUAAUCAAACAGACUCCAACCUCUCCACAAUGGCCAAGACCAGAGAGCUGUGUAAGGACAUAGGGGAUAAAAUUGUAGACCUGCACAAGGCUGGGAUGGGCUACAGGACAAUAGGCAAGCAGCUUGGUGAGAAGGCAACAACUGUUGGUGCAAUUAUUAGAAAAUGGAAGAAGUUCAAGAUGACGGUCAAUCACCCUCGGUCUGGGGCUCCAUGCAAGAUCUCACCUCGUGGGGCAUCAAUGAUCAUGAGGAAGGUGAGGGAUCAGCCCAGAACUACAUGGCAGGACCUGGUCAAUGACCUGAAGAGAGCUGGGACAACAGUCUCAAAGAAAACCAUUAGUAACACACUACGUCGUCAUGGAUUAAAAUCCUGCAGCACACGCAAGGUCCCCCUGCUCAAGCCAGUGCAUGUCCAGGCCCGUCUGAAGUUUGCCAAUGACCAUCUGGAUGAUCCAGAGGAGGAAUGGGAGAAGGUCAUGUGGUCUGAUGAGACAAAAAUAGAGCUUUUUGGUCUAAACUCCACCUGCCGUGUUUGGAGGAAGAAGAAGGAUGAGUACAACCCCAAGAACACCAUCCCAACCGUGAAGCAUGGAGGUGGAAACAUCAUUCUUUGGGGAUGCUUUUCUGCAAAGGGGACAGGACGACUGCACCGUAUUGAGGGGAGGAUGGAUGGGGCCAUGUAUCGCGAGAUCUUGGCCAACAACCUCCUUCCCUCAGUAAGAGCAUUGAAGAUGGGGCGUGGCUGGGUCUUCCAGCAUGACCACGACCCGAAACACACAGCCAGGGCAACUAAGGAGUGGCUCCGUAAGAACCAUCUCAAGGUCCUGGAGUGGCUUAGCCAGUCUCCAGACCUGAACCCAAUAGAAAAUCUUUGGAGGGAGCUGAAAGUCCGUAUUGCCCAGCGACAUCCCCGAAACCUGAAGGAUCUGGAGAAGGUCUGUAUGGAGGAGUGGGCCAAAAUCCCUGCUGCAGUGUGUGCAAACCUGGUCAAGACCUACAGGAAACGUAUGAUCUCUGUAAUUGCAAACAAAGGUUUCUGUACCAAAUAUUAAGUUCUGCUUUUCUGAUGUAUCAAAUACUUAUGUCAUGCAAUAAAAUGCAAAUUAAUUACUUAAAAAUCAUACAAUGUGAUUUUCUGGAUUUUUGUUUUAGAUUCCGUCUCGCACAGUUGAAGUGUACCUAUGAUAAAAAUUACAGACCUCUACAUGCUUUGUAAGUAGGAAAACCUGCAAAAUCGGCAGUGUAUCAAAUACUUGUUCUCCCCACUGUAGGUCGUAGUCUCCAUUCAAGUCAGGACUGGCAGGACUGGCAGCCAUUGUUAGUGUACCCAUGUCAUAUUGCCAAGGUAAGAGGUUCCAAAAUCCUUCUAUGGAUUAUACAGUGGGGUAAAAAAGUAUUUAGUCAGCCACCAAUUGUGCAAGUUCUCCCACUUAAAAAGAUGAGAGAGGCCUGUAAUUUCCAUCAUAGGUACACGUCAACUAUGACAGACAAAAUGAGAAAAAAAAUCCAUUAAAUCACAUUGUAGGAUUUUUAAUGAAUGUAUUUGCAAAUUAUGGUGGAAAAUAAGUAUUUGGUCAAUAACAAAAGUUUCUCAAUACUUUGUUAUAUACCCUUUGUUGGCAAUGACACAGGUCAAACGUUUUCUGUAAGUCUUCACAAGGUUUUCACACACUGUUGCUGGUAUUUUGGCCCAUUCCUCCAUGCAGAUCUCCUCUAGAGCAGUGAUGUUUUGGGGCUGUCGCUGGGCAACACGGACUUUCAACUCCCUCCAAAGAUUUUCUAUGGGGUUGAGAUCUGGAGACUGGCUAGGCCACUCCAGGACCUUGAAAUGCUUCUAACGAAGCCACUCCUUCGUUGCCCGAGCGGUGUGUUUGGGAUCAUUGUCAUGCUGAAAGACCCAGCCACGUUUCAUCUUCAAUGCCCUUGCUGAUGGAAGGAGGUUUUCACUCAAAAUCUCACGAUACAUGGCCCCAUUCAUUCUUUCCUUUACACGGAUCAGUCGUCCUGGUCCCUUUGCAGAAAAACAGCCCCAAAGCAUGAUGUUUCCACCCCCAUGCUUCAUAGUAGGUAUGGUGUUCUUUGGAUGCAACUCAGCAUUCUUUGUUCUCCAAACACGACGAGUUGAGUUUUUACCAAAAAGUUCUAUUUUGGUUUCAUCUGACCAUAUGACAUUUUCCCAAUCCUCUUCUGGAUCAUCCAAAUGCACUCUAGCAAACUUCAGACGGGCCUGGACAUGUACUGGCUUAAGCAGGGGGACACGUCUGGCACUGCAGGAUUUUAGUCCCUGGCGGCGUAGUGUGUUACAGAUGGUAGGCUUUGUUACUUUGGUCCCAGCUCUCUGCAGGUCAUUCACUAGGUCCCCCCGUGUGGUUCUGGGAUUUUUGCUCACCGUUCUUGUGAUCAUUUUGACCCCACAGGGUGAGAUCUUGCGUGGAGCCCCAGAUCGAGGGAGAUUAUCAGUGGUCUUGUAUGUCUUCCAUUUCCUAAUAAUUGCUCCCACAGUUGAUUUCUUCAAACCAAGCUGCUUACCUAUUGCAGAUUCAGUCUUCCCAGCCUGGUGCAGGUCUACAAUUUUGUUUUUGGUGUCCUUUGACAGCUCUUUGGUCUUGGCCAUAGUGGAGUUUGGAGUGUGACUGUUUGAGGUUGUGGACAGGUGUCUUUUAUACUGAUAACAAGUUCAAACAGGUGCCAUUAAUACAGGUAACGAGUGGAGGACAGAGGAGCCUCUUAAAGAAGAAGUUACAGGUCUGUGAGAGCCAGAAAUCUUGCUUGUUUGUACGUGACCAAAUACUUAUUUUCCACCAUAAUUUGCAAAUAAAUUCAUUAAAAAUCCUACAAUGUGAUUUUCUGGAUUUUCUUUUCUCAAUUUGUCUGUCAUAGUUGACGUGUACCUAUGAUGAAAAUUACAGGCCUCUCUCAUCUUUUUAAGUGGGAGAACUUGCACAAUUGGUGGCUGACUAAAUACUUUUUUUCCCCACUGUAUGUCUAUAUGGCCACAAUGCAACAAGCUGUAUAUUUGGCGUACAUGCUGCCAAAUUGCGGCCUUCCCGACUGUAGGCAUACCGGUAACUGCCAAAAUAAAGGAAACACUUGAGUAAAUGAGGGAUUAUGUAAUGGUGUGUAUUUUCCUGGCAUGGUUUAGGUCCACUAGUAGAAUCUAUACCAAGGCGCAUUUAAGCUGUUCUGGCAGCUAGUGGUGGCCCAACACCCUUUUAAGAAACUUUAUGUUGAUCCUAAAUUAUGCUCUCUGGUGUAUUUUGAACACUGAGAGCGGGCUCCUAUGGUUGGAUUUAAAAAAUAUAUAAAUUAUAACAUUUCUAUUUUAUUUUUUUGCCUGUUGGACCCACUAUGGCUUGGGCCUGGGGGCUUUAGCCCCUGUAAGCCCUUGCAUUAAUCUUGCCCUGAAGAUUAAGGUUAGGUUUAAAAUUGUAUGACUUUGUGUCUGCUAGUGACCUGUCUGCAGAGCUGCCUCCAGGUCAAGAUUCAUGACAAUAAAUGCCAACCUGCUCUGCAGAUAUGAAGCGUGUGUGUGUGUGUUUGUGUGUGUGUUUCAGGUGCAGGGCCCAGUCCUAAUGGCAGCGUUGACCUGCUAUGAGGAGGACACUGUGAAGGUAGAGACUCUUCAUUUCUGGAAAUAUAUUUGUCCUUUGUACCACAGUGAUUUUACUAUGGAUCCCAAAUUUCUAAAUGUGUGUGUGUGUUUCAGAGUGAGUACAGGAUCAUGGUGGAGAUUCUAAAUGAGAAUGAUAACACUCCUGAGUUUGUGGAGAGCACCAUUCAGACUCGCAGCAUCAGUGAGGUAAAUAGACUACACAUGCACGCACGUGCACACACACACACACACACACACACACACACACACACACACCCACACACACACACACACAGAAGCAGACUAUUGCGUGAUAUCUAUGUUUAGCUGGCGGAGGUGAAUACAGUGGUGUUUACAGUCCAGGCCACAGAUGCAGAUGACGACACCAUCAUGUACUCCAUCGACCAGACCUCGGUACUGUAUUAAUAACCUUUUAUACAUAAAUAAAUACCAGAUCUUCUUACUGUAUCAACAAGGUUGUGCAUUUAAAUGAGUGUGUACAGUAUUUGUGGGUGGUCUCUGUUCCAGCCUGAUGCUGCCUGCUUCAGAGUGGAUCUCCCUAACAGUGGAGAGGUGAUACUGGCCAAGCCUCUGGACUACGAGACCAAAACACAACUGGAGAUCACCAUAUACGCUUUGGUAUACUAAAUAGACCUACUGUUACAGAAAGAGCUUGGCUGCACCUACAAUCUGCGUGAUAUAUGUUGUGAAUAAUGCACACCUUUAACCAGUCAGAUUGCAUGACUGGAACUAACUGUUCCUAACCAUCAACCAUUCUGUUUCAGUCUGAUACGGUCUGUGUGUGUGUGUGUGUUUAUGUAUGAGUAGGAGAUGAACACUGCAGAGAAGUUCAACACCAGUGCCAUCCUGACCGUGAAUAUCUUGGACGGAGACGACCAGUACCCACAAUUCCUGCCGUGCACGCCCCUCUCCAACAACCAAUCAAAUCGUGUCUGCACCAACCCCAUUUACACAGUUAACAUCACAGAAGGCCAACAGGUUAGUGACCAGGGUUAGCUGUUGGUGGUUGGUGUCGGUGGUUAGAGGUUAGGGACUGAUGUAUUGUGUUAAUGUUGUCUCUUUUAUAGGACGUUCUUCUGGACUUCUCUCCGGGGCCGAUCAAUGCUGUGGAUGGAGACAGAGGCCUCAGCUCACCUCUCAGCUACAGCAUCCUGUCAGGUAACACACACACACACACAAAACACCAUAGUUUAGCUUCACAAUGAAAUAUAGCGUAAUAUUAGGAGCUGAUAAUAUAGCUAGCUACAUGUUGUCAGGGGCUGAUAGCGGACAUUUCGUGAUGGAUGAGCUGACAGGGGAGGUACGUCUGACAAGAGGAGUAGAGAACAGACUACAGACACCCACACUACGCCUACGAGUCAUGGUGAGACACACACACACACACACACACUUAUGCAGACAGUUUGCAGACAGUAUGCAGACAGUUUAUAAGGUACACCACCCCGUUCACAAAAAUGGUUCGCUCCUACAGGGGAAUGUUUUCCUGGCACACGUUAGGUCCCUUGAUACCAAUUGAGCAACGUUUCCAUGCUCUGAAGAAUUCGGGCUGUUCUGGAGGCAAAGGGGGGUCCAACCCGGUACUAGAUGGGUGUACAUAAUAAACUGUAUAGAGACUGAAUAAAACCAUUAAUAACUGAAAACUUUCUCCCCCUCCUCAGGCGUACCAGAGGAAUGACCCUAGGAAGUACUCAGUUGCCACCGUGGUGGUCCAUGUUGUGGCUGUCAACCACUUUCCUCCCCAGUUCGGUCGGGCUGAAUACCGUGGCUUUGUCACCGAAGGCGACAGCCCUGCCUCACUGGUCAACACUUAUGGCAACACUGUGCUGCUAAUACAGACACAGGACAGGGACUUCUCUGAUGUAUGUACACACGUGCACACACACGCACAUACACACAGCUAGACUAUGCAUAGUGUAAUAUUCUGUAACUUCAACUCUCUCUUCUCUCAAUCGAUAGGGAAUCAAUCCCAAGAUGCACUACUCCCUGAGGUCCUCGUCCAAUCACACACAGUUCUACCACAUCAUACAGGAGGGGCUUCUGAUCGCCAGGACCAAUCAGCUACGGCCAUCACAGAAACACCGUCUGAAGGUGGGCUUUGAUUGGACAGAACAGUAGUACCAGAGAACAACGUAAUUCAUCUCUAUUGAGGAUGGACAAGCUGCAUUGGUGAAGCUGAUGUUGAUGAUGAUGAUAUCCUGCAGGUAGUGGCUGUAGAUCUGGAGUCAGGUGAAAUGGCCACGGCUCUCAUAAAGGUGGAGGUGCUGUAUGAAGGACAAACAGGUAACACACACACACACACACACACACACACAUUUGGAAUCUGUGUGGUCAUACUUGCUCUGCAGUUCAUCAUCAGUGUAUGUAUGUACACUGAGUGUACAAAACAUGAUAGACUGACCAGAUUAAUCCAGGUGAAAUCUAUGAUCCGUUAUUGGUGUCACUUGUUAAAUCCACUUAAAUCAGUGUAGAUGAAGGGGAGGAGACAGGUUAAAGACAAUUGAGACAUGGAUUGUGUAUGUGUGCCAUUCAGAGGGUGAAUGGGCAUGACAAAAUAUUUAAGUGCCUUUGAACAGGGUAUGGUAUUAGGUGCCAGGCGCACCGGUUUGAGUGUGUCAAGAACUGCAACGCUGCUGGGUUUUUCAAGCUCAACAGUUUCCCAUGUGUAUCAAGAAUGGUCCACCACCCAAAGGACAUCCAGCCAACUUGACACAACUGUGGGAAACAUUGGAGUCAACAUGGGCCAGCAUCCCUGUGGAAUGCUUUCAACACCUUGGAGAGUCCAUGCCCAGGCGAAUUGAGGGUGUUCUCAAUGCAAAAGGGGGUGCAACUCAAUAUUAGGAAGGCUUUCCUAAUGUUUUGUACAUUCAGUGUAUGAUAAACAGAGUAGCAGCAGCGUAUAUGAUGACUGUAUGUGAGUGAGUGUGUGUGUGUGUGUGUGUGUGUGUGUGUGUGUGUCUAGAGUCAGUAUAAAUGGUGUUCCUAAUGUUUUGUACACUCAGAGUAUAUAUGUGUGUGUGUGUGUGUGCGUGCACGUGUGUGUGUGCAGUCCCUCAGGGCCCAUUGGGGGACGGGCUUCUUCCUGGUAGCUGUGCAGUGGGCAAGGCUAUGGGUGUGGUCAUCCUGGGGCUGACUCUGUUAGGCUGCGCUCUGUAUGCACUGCAGCAUGUACUCCAGACAAACAGAGGACAGAAGGACCCAGAGGACAGGGGCUGUAUAGCCCAGGGGAAACACCCCAACGUGGUGAGAUACACUGACACCUCACUCUGACCCCUAACCUUUUAACUUUUAAGCUCUAACAUUUACACAUUCUGGUCCUGUGGUCUGACCCGUGUGUCUCUCUGUCUCCUCUCCCCUCACCCCUGCUGGUUUAGAGAUUACAAUGGUUCCAACUGGUGAGUCUCUCCUCCCCCCCAGCCCCUUUGUGUGUGUGUGUGUGUGUGUGUAUGUGUGUGUGUGUGUGUGUGUGUGUCAUACAGGGCAUAGUGUAGCCAUGUUGAUAUGUGUGUGUGUGUUUUCUCCCCAGGUGAGUCACAGUAGUCCCAUGCCAGUUCUGGAUGAGGUGAAAUUAAAAAAGGAGGGUCUGAGCAGCUCCACCUCCAAGCUACUGGGCAGUCAGAGCAUCUACACCCCUGCAGACUCCAACUCUUCUCCACUCAAUUCUAUACCUAUAGCUACAUCCUCAACGACCUACAUCCAGCCUAUACUACCCAGCACCACUCCUACAGACCCCAGUCAUGGCCCUACUUCACCCAACUCCACCCAUACACCUGCUACAACCACCACACCUGAACUACUCACAACAUCCACUCAACCCUUGGACAACUCUAGCUUUAGCACCCCCACUCACCCCACACCUACCCUGAAUCAGAUGUCCGAACCUUUAUCUACAGACACAUUUUCACGUACACACCCCUUCCCUAUUGCAGAAGAGGUAGAUACACCCACUCAGGUAGAAGAGACCCCUAAAGACACACCUUUACCUCCUCCCAUUCCUAUCAACUCACCCCCUCACCCCACACCUCCUCCUACCUCAAUGACCACACCUCUCUUUCUUUCACCUACUCCAGACCCAAUACACACUCCAGAGUGUACAGGAGAUACUCACACACCUUUACUUACUCCACCCUGUCCAGAGCAGGACAGGGUAGGGACACCCCCACCUAAACCCACCCCAGGGAAGGCACACAUACCUGUACUGACCACGCCCUCCCCAGAGCAGGUAGGACCACCUGGGUACCCUGAGGAGUGCAGACCCUCCACACACAGCCCUGAGACAGCCUCCAUUGGGGAUGAUGACUGCUUCCUGGGGGAUGAAGAGGCCAUCAGGACCAGUGAUGAUGAUGAUGAGGAUGAAGAGCUGGUGAGACUCUGUUCUUGCAUACAGCCCACAUUCCUGAUAACAGACUAUGACAAUGACAUGACUACUGAGAUCCCCGCCAGCGGUGGAGAGGGGGAGGGGACUGGGAAUGGCGAAGGAGUGGAGAGAGAGAGGGAAUAGAUAGAGGGAGACAAGGGAGGGGUAGAGAGAGACAGGGAUUAUAUGGAAGGAAAGAGGGGUCAUUUGGAGAGCGAAGCGGAGAGUUUGAAACAGGGGAGUCAAUCAUCUCAACCCUGUAAUAUCAAGCAGGAAGUAUCAGUGGGCCAAUCAAAGGAGAGAUAGACAGUAACCCAGCAACACUCUCUAACUAAGAGUCUCUUUGGUGAGUCGCUGAGGCCAAAGAUGUCGGAACGCUCUGAAAUACGCACACACAAACACACACAGAAACACACACACAUACACUGAUGACAUUAGAACAUCCUAGACUUGCCUCAACCAAGUGUACAUGAAACACAACACAACAGGCCAUGUGUCUGAGAAAUAGGCUUAGACCUAUGACUUGAGUCUGUUGUGUUGCUGCAUUGUUGUUCUUGUGUUGAAGGGACUCCUGCACACUGUGAGUAGGCCUACUUACAAAUAAAUAUGUAUCGUGCAUCUGUUUAUUGACAACCCCUGUAACCAUUCAAAUAUAAAACGUAUUUUGAUUUGUUUAACACUUUUUUGGUUACUACAUGAUUCCAUAUGUGUUA